GAUUUACCAGGAGCUGUAGCAGGGGAGAAGCCUGAAGGAGCUGAUGAAGGGCCCGCCUCCUCCAUGACUUCAGCAGCUGCUGCCCUAGCUCUCCUAGCUGCUCUCCUCCGCUCACUUAUAACUGCAGACACGGCUCUUAUUUUAGCUGGUGGGGGACUGGGGCUGAGGUGGGUGUGAGUGUAAGACAGUCCCAGGGACCCUCCUUCCAGCCCCUCCCCCCCGGGAGCCACCACUCAGCUCAUCACACUCAGCUCAUCACACACAGCUCAACACAGGUAAAGCGGAUUCAUGAGAUGCCAAGAGGCAAAUCUGCUGGUCCCGCCUCCUGCUCCUCCUACCCAGCUCAUUCCCAGCACUCACCUCUCACACUGUCUGUGACUGAGGACUGGGACACUGCGCUGCCCACCGGCGGCCUCAACACCCUCGUACACGGCUUUGCUGAGCUGCUGCUGACUAAGAGAUCUCCUCAUUCCCACCCUCCAGAUGUGACAGGUGGGAGGAGACAACGCUGCAGUCAGUGCGCCUGGAUAUACACGGGAGGAAGAGACAAGUACCAGGAUCGGAAUAGACAUUUAUUGGAGACUGGAAGAUGGCGGAAGGGACUGCAAAGACUUCCCCGCAGAGCCCCGGGGUGUCACCAGUGAGUCCAGCGAUGGACAGCUUUUUCAAGACUGACGAAAGACAAAGGCUGGCAAAAGAAAGACGAGAGGAAAGAGAAAAGUGCCUUGCGGCCAGAGAGCAACAGAUCCUGGAAAAAGAAAAAAGGGCCCAACUGCAGUAUGAAAAGCAGGUGGAAGAGCGUGGGAAGAGGUUGGUGGAGCAGCGGAUCAGAGAAGAGCAGAAGAAAGCAGCAGUGGAAGAGAAGAGAAAGUUGAAGAUCAGGGAGGAGGAAGAGCGCUUAGAGGCCAUGAUGCGUCGCGCCCAGGAACGUAGUCAGCAACUGGAGCAGAAACAGAAGAGAUGGUCCUGGGGUGGGGCCCUUGUGGCAGGAGCCGGCAGAGAUGGUGACCCCGAGUGCCCCAUUCCCCCUGAGCUAGCUUUAGCUGCCAACACCCUUCUUCCAGACCCUGUGAGCUCUGCCGCUGCUGCUGCUGCCGAAUCCUCCAAUGCCUGUGACAAACUUUCAUCCUCUACAAUGAGUCUACAAAGGCCAGUGGAGUCACCAAUCAGUAAGAGGCUCUCCGCUUCUACAGCGGCAAUCACACAUUCCCUUGACAGAGCCCAUCGCAUGCACCUUAGCCCCAGUGAAAAUUUCAUUGUAUCUCGACUGUUGACUCCAACACAUUCCUCUUUAGCCAGGAGCAGGAGUAUGGCUGUGCUCAAUGAACCGUGUCUCUCACUGUCAGUCUUUCAUGUCUGUCCUCGUGUAGCACCUGCUAGUCCCCUUAAAUCCCCCUUCAAGUCCUCUCCUGUACGGAGUGCAGAACGGCGGAAGAACCUUCCACCUGGAAAUGGGUCCGAUGGAGUUAAAACCCCCACCUCCCCAGACUCUGUACAGACUGAAAAACAGAAGAAAGAAAAGAGGCCCUCAACUCCUGUUCCUACAAGUGCAGUUGGUUCCGCUCUCCGUAGAUCUGAGUCACCAGCCACUAUCUCCAAGAGAUCCUCCUCACCAGCCACCUCAAAGACACUUCCAAAGUCAUUCUCACAAUCUCCAGUGAAGGCAACAGCUUCUCCUGUCAGGUUCCAAGGGACCCCUAAUUUUGGCCAGGAGACAUCCAAGAAGAAAAGUGAGAAAGAAGUAUCCAGCCCUAGGGUUGAGAAUGUACCAGCAGUUGAUGCUAUAAAAUCAGAAAAAAGUGCCAGCUCUGCAGGAAAGACAGAGGCUGAAAUAGGUACAGGGAGUACUGGAAAGAUCACUGCUGGCACAACUGAUGCAGAGGAAGCUGCAAAAAUCUUGGCAGAGAAGAGACGCCAAGCUCGCCUGCAGAAAGAGCAAGAAGAACAGGAGAAGCGUGAGCGAGAUGAACUGGAAAGGCAAAAAAAGGAGGAGGCUCGACAGAAGGCAGAGGAAGAAAGAAUUCACUUGGAAGAGGAAGCAAGAAAACUGGCAGAGAAGAGAAAGCAAGAAGAAGAAACAGCUAAAAGAAAAGCAGAAGAAGAAGCUAAGCUGAAAGCGGAAGAAGAAAGAUUACAGAAGGAAAAGCAGGAAAAGGAAAUGCAGGCUUAUUUGGAAAAACAGAAGGAAGAGGCUGAGGCAAAAGCUCGGGAAGUGGCUGAAGCGAUGAGACUGGAGAGAGAACAGAUCAUUCAGCAGAUUGAACAGGAGCGCCUGGAGAGGAAGAAGAGAAUUGAUGAGAUCAUGAAAAGGACUAGGAAAAGUGAAACCCCAGAUAUCAAGAAAGAACCGUCAAAGCCAGAGAUUCCACCAUCUUUGAAUCUAGAAAAUACUGCAAAACCAGAGGAAAAUGUGCAAGUCAAUGGGUUAUCCAGUUUUCAGGAGACUAAACCUGCAACAGCCCAAAGCCUAGAGAGCAGACCCCAGCAAAUGUUCACUAAUGGCCUCAAACCAACUGCUGAGCUUUAUCAUUUGGAAGGAUAUGAUGCUAAAUGCAACAGCAUUGAUGAUUCUACUGAUGAAGUCCAGUCAAUGGAUGUGAGUCCAGUUUCUAAGGAAGAGCUAAUAUCCAUACCAGAGUUUUCGCCAGUUAAUGACCUUAUUCCCAGUAUGCCCUUGGCCCAAAAUGGUACAAGCAAUUCCAGAGCCUUGGAGGAUCUUCUAGACUUCACUGGCCAAGCAACAUACUCCAAAAUAUCCAGCGAGGGCAUCAAUAUCGAUGACUGUAAUAGAAAUCUAAUCGAUGGAUUUAGCAGUCCGGCUCAGGAAUCAAAGCUCAAUUCAAUCUGCUGAUCUGAAGUACAGUCAGUGUAAUUAAGGGUCGGCGCUGUAACUUGACGAAGGAGACGCUUUGAGCUGGCGCUAAGACAAUGAGCUGCUUCCGGGGGAUCUCGAACACUGGAUUUAUAAUAUCAGGGCUGAACAUAAUUUGCAAGUCUCUCUAUAUAAUGUUGUUAAAGAGCUCUGCUUCAGCGCAGAUGGCUCCUCGGCUGCAUCUCAUUCUCACAUAGAAAUUUCUUUGGACUAGAAAACAAUCUUGUCUUUAUUGGCACAGCAAGUAGUGUAAUAAUUGGAUUCCGUACAAGUCGGUUUUCAUUUCAGCUCUUAGAAUCUGAUCUAUAACAUAGGUAGGUGGUCACUGGAAGAAUUGAUUCUCUUUUUUUGUUUUGAAAAGGAAUGUAUACUGAGCACUUUACAUAGCAGGAAAGGAUUGGCCUGCAAGAUCAUGUAGAAACAAAUGAUAUGUGUGAGGUAUAUUGACAUGCAUCAUCUAAAUGGCAGU